CUGCGGUCCUUAUGUGUUGCCAAGGAAAACAUCCGUAAUAGUGGAAGUAGUGUACAGAUAGAAUAAAGAUGACAAACGUGAGGACUUACAACCCGUCUGUGCGAGUAGGAAACUGGAAUGAAGACAUCCAGUUGGAGGAGGACACAUUAAAAGAUUUCUUAGAAAAGAGGGAAAAGGGACAGCUCCUAUGCCAGAAAAGAACAAAACUUGAACAAACUAUUUUUAAGCAGCUGGACCUUAGUAUAUCAAGAGACGGUUGUGUUCACUUUGGGGAUAUUGUGAGUUUGCGAUGUCCAGCAACAAAAGAUCGUACAAAGUACACGGCCAACAAAGACCCACGAGAUGCUUGUCAGCUUUGUGUAACACCAGCUAUUAACAAAAUUCUUGAAGCUCAAAAACUUGAAGGGCCCUGUCAAGUAUCUGCAUCUAAGGACCUCUGUUCCAAUCUCAGAAGCUCCUUUGUAAUAAAAAGUAUUGAUGGGAGCAAACAGAAAGGAGAACCACUGAGAUAUGGCGACCUGUUUUAUCUGUGUACUCUAGACAAUGAGGGAGGAGAUCUGUAUUUGUCGAGCUGCCGUGCGACUCUGGAGAAGGCCGCUGCCAAAUCACGGAAACAGGAGGUAACAUUUGUCAGCGAGCCAUCUUUUAUGACAGAAUGGAGAAUUUUACACUACAACCCACAAAUGAGGAUGGAGUACGAAGGCAUCCCUGUCCCAGUAAGUAAUUUAUGUUCGUCUGCUACAAACUGGGAACUCUUUAGAGGAUUGAAGGUUUUGAUUAAAACUGCUUCAAGUAAAGUUUUGUUACAUGUAAGUCAUGUACUACAGUGCUCAAGAAUUAUGUUAGAAUGUGACAUGUCAUUUAACAUACAAAUAUACAAUAUUUUUGUUACUUUGUUGAAUAUUUCAAUGACGUAUGUCAGCUGCAAAAGCAAUGAAUACCAUAAACUCUAUGGCAGUUAUGUACGAUAGCAUCCAAUGUUUUGUUCUUUAUUUUUUUCAGGCCAAUGGUAUUGUCCUAAUUAACCACAAAUACACCAACAAUGAUUUGGCUGUGGAAGAGAAUUUCGUUAUCAGGUUAGAUAAUAGCAGACUGUAUAUCGUAAGUUGAAUGAGUAAAAGCAUUCCACCAGAAGUACCUACAGUAUGAAAUUGUGCAUCUACACCAUCAGUCCUACAGUUACCCGUAAAUGUACAAAUCAUGUGUAGUACAUUAUGUCUACUAAAUUUCUUGUUUCCGACUUACAGAACACCAUUUGGAUCCCAGGAAUACGAAGUGUCAUGUCACACAUAUUUAGAUUCCCAUCGAGCAGAAAAAGACGUCAACUACUUUGUGAUUAUGAUGGGUGUACCUGGUGACGACGUUUACCCCGUCGCAAGUUAAAGAACGUCACACCUAUAUAUAGUAACCAGUCUCCAAGAAAUACAUACAGCCAAAUUCAGGUGCCAUCAAAGGAUUUUAUGACUUGGCACCUGCAUUUUUUAAAAUUAUUUUGGCAUACUGCAGUUUUUAUAAACAACUCUUGUGAUAUUUUUGUUUGUUCUUCAUCCUUUGAGUAUGGGUGUUGUAUUUUUGAAGGAGGCCAACCUCAUACACCAAAUUUAACAAGGUUAAUAUCUUACUUUUGGUUGCAGAAUUGAAUUAUGCAAAAUGGGCAUUUUAGGAAAUUAUGAAAAAUGCUUUUUUUUUUUGGUUAUUGCAGUUAUGACUAAUCAUGCAAACACACUUUGAACUUGAUUUAUGUACUUCUUGUCAACAAACUGCCUUUUUAUUCUUUCUGUGCAGUAAUAUAAUAUUUAAGAAUUUGUAAAUAAGUAUAUGUAUACAUAUAUAAUAAAAAGUUUAAAAAUAUA